AUGGUGGACGCGCCAGCCGCGGCGCCGGCGCCCGCCGCGCCGGCGCCCGCCGCACCGACCGUCUCGGCCGCGCACCGCGCCCUCAUCCUGGCGCUGCACGGUGCCGGUGCGGUAAAGUUCGGCUCGUUCACGCUCAAGAGCGGCAUCCAGUCGCCGAUCUACAUUGACCUUCGCGUCACCGUGUCGCACCCGACCGUGCUGCGGGAGGUCGCCACCGCGCUGUCGGGCGCCGUCGCAGGCGUCCCGUUCGACCUGCUGUGCGGCGUGCCGUACACUGCCCUGCCAUUCGCCACCGCCAUGUCGCUCGCGGGCGGCGCCCCCAUGCUCAUGAGGCGCAAGGAAGCCAAGGAGUAUGGCACCAAGAAGACCAUCGAGGGCGCGUUCGAGAAGGGGCAGACCGUCCUCGUCGUCGAGGACCUCGUCACCUCCGGCGCCAGCGUGUUGGAGACGGUCGGCCCGCUCAAGAAGGAGGGCCUUGAGGUCCACCAUGUCGUUGCGUUGUUGGAUCGCGAGCAGGGCGGGAGUGACGCGCUUAAGAGCCAGGGCGUGGACAUGCAUGCCGUAUUCACCCUGUCCACUGUCAUGGAUGUACUGGAGAAGGAGGGCAAGAUUGACGAGGAGACGAAGGCUAGCGUGCUUUCGUUUAUCCAGAGCAAUCAGGUGGGCGCCACGGCACCCAACAACGGAGUCAAGGCCCCGGAGAAUGGUGCCACUGAGAAGCCGCUAUCACCAAAGCCUGCUGAGAAGGAGAGCAAGCUUACCUACUUGCAGCGCGCGGAGAAGGUGAAAAAUGUCACAGGCCGACGUCUGUUGGAGCUUAUGGAAGCCAAGAAGUCCAACCUUGCUGUCGCGGCUGAUGUCACCACCAAGGCACAGUUGCUCGAACUUGCAGAGGCCGUCGGACCGGAAAUUUGCAUGCUAAAGACCCACGCAGACAUCAUUGCAGACUGGGAUGAGGGCACAGGCCCGGCCCUUGCUGAGAUUGCCAAGCGCCACCAGUUUCUCCUGUUUGAGGAUCGCAAAUUCGCCGACAUUGGCAGCACAGUCCACCACCAGGUUUCCGGAGGCUUGCACUCCAUUAGCAAGUGGGCUCACGUGAUCAACGCGCAUUCCAUGCCAGGACCGGGCAUCAUUUCGGGUUUGAAAAAGGCCGUUGCUGAGACGGACAGUGAGAUGGCCAAGUCUUUGGGUCUACUACUUCUCGCGGAGAUGAGCUCCGAAGGGAAUUUGGCCACCGCCCUUCCCGGGUACACGCAGAAGACCAUCGAAAUGGCGGAGGCGGAAAAGGAAUUUGUGUUCGGGUUCAUUAGCACGGGGCGCGUGGCCGGCGACGAUUUCGUCUAUUUGACACCAGGUGUGAAGAAAUCUGCGGGCGGAGACGGAUUAGGGCAGCAGUACAACACCCCGGAGAAGGUCAUUGGGGAAAAGGAAUCCGACGUGAUUAUCGUUGGUCGCGGGGUGUAUCAAGCGGACAACCCGGCUAAGGAAGCAAAGGCUUAUCGUGAGGCUGGGUGGAGGGCGUAUGAGACGAGGGUGAGCGGAUCGCAGUGA